CGCAGAGGGAGUCGAUCUCUCGAAUCGAUUUAUUUUUCUCACGGCCCGGGGUGGGGGUGGGGGACGGAUAACUUGGGGCCUCUGCUGCCGGGAUAAACAAGGAAACCUUUGCGCCGCGGUGGAGAAGGGGAGGCGGGCUGCGAGCGCCGAGCCCCCUUUGUCGAGUCCUACAAGUCCCAUGACGCUCGGCGAAGUUCUGCGGUUGCCACAGUAACGGAGACCUGAAAACAACUCCUUCCGCCCAUGUAGCCCAAGGAACCAGGUAACGCGGACAGAGGAGCGGCCGGGUGGAAGCUUCUGUCUGCGCGCGGGAGAAGGGAAGAAGCCUAAGCCCUGAGCUGCACAGGGAGUAAGAGUUGCUCUUGGUCCUGGCUCUGGGUAAGAGAGGUCCAAGAAGGUGGAGGAGGAGCACGUGGGGGAUCAUAAAGGGACUGUAGGAGGCGCGCUCCUUCGGGGGGCAGCAGAUCUUCCCUUCUCCUUCCUCUUGAACUUGCCGGAAUUGCUUCUGUCGUUUAUCCUCCGCGACUCCUCCAGCCCCACCAACCAGGAAAGGGGGAAGCCGCCCGCAGUGAGAUUGCAGCCCUAGGCUCACUGAUCCCGUGGUGCAUGAUACUUUCCCCCAACAUUUCCUCUUUUAUUUAAUUUUUGAAACUUUUCAGAAGUUUUUUUUCUUUUCCCACCACUGUUAUCCCAUGUCGUUUCUCAAUACUUCCUCCCAGCGCUUGCUUUGUUCUUGCCUUUCUCUGAAUCUCUGAAUUCAGCUUCAUUUAUAUAAAAGCUGUGUAGUAGAGGACUCAGCAAGUUAAACAUGUUUUUAAACAUGUAAGUGAAAGGUAGGUCAUACAGUUAGGGGCCUUUGGUUCUUUGUGGGCUUCUGCAGUAGCAAAGGGUGACUUGCUGUUCCCCUUUCUCAGUUUAAUUGCCAAGACUAAUGCUCAGGCUGCAUACAUUUGUCUGGAGGCAGUUUGGGCCGACGCAAAAUUUUCCCAUGCAAGUUUAAAUCCUUUGCAUUGCAAUAUAUAAAAAUGUCAAUACUGUUCCUUUUGUUUUAGCCUUUUUAGUUCCUUGAGUGAACUCAGAACUCAAGGAAUGUUCAUGAGGAAUUGCAGUUCGUGGAUGACAGUGCUACGAAUAUAGUCUAUAGGGCCAGCACAUCACAUCUUUGGAAAGUAAAUUUUAUAAUAAAGGUGACCGAAACUGUGAAGAUUUAUUGGUGCAGAAUUAGAGCGAACUACUUCCAAAGAAAAAAGGAUGAGGCCCUGAGUAAGCAGUGACAAUACAGCAUAAUUUCAAUUUCUGACAUAAGCACCAUGUUCUUUUUGUGGUUUUCAGUAUACUGUAAUUGACAAUCCUCUUGACUUUGAUAGGCUGUAGAUCUCUAACAAUGGAAUGAUGGCUUCAGAUGACUACAUUGUCCAUUUUGUAGUUCAAGAAGACAAUAAAUGUGAACAAGUUACAAAAAGUAGAAGUCCAAGUGAUUCUCCUAGUAGGGUCUGCAAGAGCACCCAAAGCAAAUGCAGCACUAAAGUUAGCCACUGUAGUAAGUGUUCCAGUCAGUGUGGAACUUUUCAACUUGACUAUUCCAAUGACUUCAACCAGGAUGUUUCAAGAAGGGCUAGCAGCAGUAGCAGCAGUUAUUCAGAGCAGGACAGCUGCAGAAAUUCUCAGGUCUACUAUUAUGAAGAUUUUCACACAUACUCUUCAGAAACCCCUUGCAGCAAUGGCAGUGGAUACAGCAGUAUUUUAGAACAGCCAGAAACCAAAGAGGAGGAAUUAUCAAUGAAAACAAAGGAAAAUGAUCACCAAGCCAAAGCUUGUUUUGUUCUUAAUGUAGGGGGUAAAACACUUCCUAAGAAGAAACAGCGGCAAAAGAGCUUUUUCAAUACUAGCACUAUAAUCACUUCCCAGAAGAACAAUGUAGCUUGCCGCUUAUUGUCAGCCAGGCUUCACAAAGUUAAAGAGCUGAAAAAUGAAGUGUCUGUUCUGAAGAAAAAACUGGAGGCAUCUAACAUGGAAAAUCAGAUUUUGAAGCGGCUUCAAUAUCGACAUUUGAAAGCAAUAAGUAAAUACGAAAAUGCAGAGACUAAUCUGCCUGAUCUUCUAGCAAAACAGUGUGGUGAAGUGAGGACUCUCAGGGUACUUCUUAGGAAAUCUCAAGAGCAGGAGCGCAGUGCGUCCAAGAAACUUAGAGAAGUUGAGGCACAACUACUAAAGACAAAAGAUACCUUACUGGCAUUGCAGAAACUUUCAGAAGACAAGAAUCUCGCAGAAAGAGGAGAACUUAGACGCAGGUUAAACACCCUCACACAAAGAAUGGAAACUGGUGAUAAGAGAAUUCAGGUCUUAGAAAAGCAGCUGCUGUUGAAUAAUACCUCCUUUAGUCAUCAGUUAGCAGUUGAGAAGAAAAAGACUCUUGAAGCUCAGUUGAUUACCACGAAUUUGCAAAUGGAAAUCAAGUCACUUAACCAAAAAAUCAAGGAAAAAGAACGAGAACUUGGUGUGAGAAAUAUUUAUGCAAAUCGGAUGCUUAAAGGCCAACAGGACAAAGGUGGUUCAGAGUCUCCCCCCAAAGCUGUCAAUGUCUCCAAGUCGGUACAAGUAGAUGUGAAUCUAGAAGCAACAGCUCUUCAAAAGCACGAGGCAGAGAAAACUUCAGUUGUUUUUUUAAAAGAGGAGAUGACAACCAAAGAUAUUAACUGCAAAGACAAACUAUGUGAUGUGGAUAAAGAGAUGGAAUCAAAAACAGAAGUUCAUCAAAAUCAAAAAUUAACAAUGCAACAGAUUUUGAAUAUAGCAUGCACAGGGGAAGAGAUAUGUCCAAAUACAGAAAAACUUUUCAGAUGUGAAAACCUAGAAAGACAGAAAAACAGGAGGGAAAGACAAAGGCUCAACUUGUUGAAAGAAGAGUUUGAGAAAUUAAGGACAGACCAAGCAUUGGAGUCCACAAAUGACAUCCAACAAAAAAUGAAUAACCAGGAAGAAGUUGCAACUGAAAAACAAGAAAAUGAGCCAAAACAAGUGAGCUGUGAUAAAAUGGAAACAGUAACACAAAGAUACAAAACACCUUCCACAUUAAAGAAACAGUAUGUAUUUUCAGAAGCUGUUGAAAAUUUGCAUCAGGGAUACCCUUCAACAGGUCCACUGUCCAACACAAGCACCACCUGCAGUAGUAGACAAGUGAAUAGACACCAGGGUGAAAUAGCUGAGUUGAAGGCAGAAAAUUCAAGCAGUGCCUAUGAACCGUCAUUUGGUAAGGUUACCAAAACAAGGCAAAAGGACACCACGUUGACGCUUGGCAAAGAACACAUUCCUGCAGUAUCAACAGAAAAGAAAACCACUCUUAUGGAAGAACUCUUUGGUCCAAGCUGCAUCUUAAAGGACAGUCACUCAAAACUUAAUUUAAAAGAGGCAGUUAAGGAAAAAAAAACUUUGAUGAGUGAAAAGUCUUAUGAGAUUUCACAAGUCAAUGAUGGUUUGCAGUGUGGCGAUUCCAAACAAGCCCAUAUAAAGGUUUUCCAUACAUUUGCCUUUCUGGAAAACUUUAAAUAAUUACUGCCAUAAUUUAACAAUAUUUUCAUAUUAAAACACACACAGUAUAUGAAAAUAAUUCAUUAACUGCUGCAGACUGGGUCCCCCCCCCUGGAGAAAGUUUCAUUUACCAUAAGAGGUAAACAUUUUAUAUUCCAUUGCAGGAAAACAUGCAUGCAAGUUAUCAGUUUAUAUUGUAACAAUGAAAUAAUCAUAUUGCAGUGCAUUUUAAAAAAUUAAAAUGAAGCACAAUGACAGGUCUAUUAAUAGAGCUCUAAAUAAGAAUACAUUGAAAAGAAUUGCAUUGAAUAGGCAUUGGUGGUAAAGCUUAUUGGGGAAAAAGACAGUUAAUGUGUAUUACAAUAGAAAAAUGAGGCACUGCAUAACUUUUUUCUUAUUCCAUUCCACAAAGCCUCUUAAAUGAAUGCAGUGAUUCAAAUUAUCUACAUAGUCCCAGUUAGGAAAGUGAAUGCUUACAUGAAGGGGCCUUCAAAUAGGGCGCUUUUGACCCAUCCAUGUUGAUUUGUGUAAUCUGAUAUAGAUAAUGAGUGCAAGUUAUGGGGCUGUUGCCAGAAAGAAGAAUGACAGUAAGGCCUAUUUUAUUAACUCUCAAAUUUGGCCAUCUUCAGACUACACAGACUAAUUCAACUGUCUAUACAAAUUUCUCAGUGCAGGAAGAUAUGUUGGUUACAGUAAUUUCUAUGGUUAUAAUUGGAUAUCCAUAUUGUUUUUUACUAUUGUAACUGAACCCCAAAUAUGGAAAACAGGUAGCAUUCAAAACAGCCAUUAAAAGCUCUUCUUCUAAUCAAACAUUAUUGGUAAUUUAAAUAUUAAAUAUUGUGCUACCCACAACUUUGUUCUCUUUUAUUUUCCUUCUUAGAACACAAAAUAUUGAACAUAAUUAGUACAAAGAGGUGUCAAUAUAUGCAACAGGAUCCAGUAUGAUUAAACACACAACUGCAACAAUGUAUCAUUUCAUCUGUUCCUAACAAAUAGGAGAUUGAUCUUACUGCCAUGAUGUACCUAGAGCACUUAGGAUCAGGGAAGCUGCACACCAGCACUUCAGUGGUACAGUAGUAGAUAAAUAGGGACUGCUUACCAGCGGGAAGGUAAACGGCGUUUCCGUGUGCGGCUCUGGCUCGCCAGAGCAGCGAUGUCACGCUGGCCA